CAUGAAAGUCAUAUGGUUUGAAACGUUUAAUGAAUGAAUUACUGUUUUAUACGAUUUGUGGUCAUAUUUUAUUUAAAUUAAGAAUGAAAACAUGACGUAUUAGAUGCAAUAUGUAGAUGCACUGUAACACUUGGAAACAACAGGCACACCCAGUGAAGGAAGAAGACGAAGAUGCGGAAGAAAAGAGCUUUUAUUCAGCCACGCAAAGUUUAAACUAUCCGGGUACAAGCUACAUAUCAUCAUUUAUAACAAGCUUUGACAAUCGGUCCUCUUCUUGCUCCAGUACAGCCAGGCCAACCUUUCUUUCUGAAAAAGAGGAAAUAAGAAAUUCAUCUAGUGUUAUCAUGCUAGUUUUUAUCUCAUUACAGCAUGAAAAGGUAGCCCAGGUGUCAAACAGGCCACCAAUAUCUCUUCAAAUUUAUGACAACCUGUUCUGAUUGCUUGUGCAAUAAUCGAACGAUUUAAACUUUUGAAAAAGUAUUAAUUU